AACACCUCUCCUUCAAGUCAGCACCAACCCAAACAAGCAGGAAACAGGAAAUGUUCAGGUUUCAGGGAGGCUGAAGCCCAGCGCAGCCCAGCACAGCAUCAUGCCGGGGCGAGCUGACAGGAAGGCUUCCGGGGCUGCCCUCGUCUUUGCCCUGGUGAUCGCGCUCCUUCCCACCAGCCAGGCUCUGGGGUAUGUUGAGGACCCGGAACAGUCAGCAGAUGGGCCCCUGGAAGUGGAAAGCCGCGAUGGAGACUCUACCAUUCAGACGACGUUGGCUGCAGUGACCACAGAAAUAUUAAUCACAAAUACAAAUUUUACCUACAUUGAGGAGGAUGCAGAUCAGCACGAGUUUAUAUUAAUGGUGUUGAUCCCGCUGAUUUUAUUGGCCCUCCUAUUUGUAAUACUGGUAAUCCUUGUAACACGCUAUAAAAGGAAAAGAACUAAACAAGAGCCUUCUAGCCAAGGAUCUCAGAAUGCCUUACAGACAUAUGAACUGGGAAGUGAGAACAUCAAAGUCCCCAUUUUUGAGGAAGACACACCCUCUGUUAUGGAAAUUGAAAUGGAAGAGCUUGACAAAUGGAUGAACAACAUGAAUAGAAGUGCUGAUUGUGAAUGUUUACCUACUUUAAAGGAAGAAAAGGAAUCAAACCACAACCCAAGUGCCAUACAAGUUUAGAAAUACAACACUGAACCAUUGAAAACAACCAAAGCUAUCUUAAAUCCAAUCCGGAAGCUGGCAGAGAACAAUCAUAAUUGAACCAACGAGCAAGUGGAGGUGGAGGAGAAAAGGUGGACCCCAUUUGGAGGGGAAGGAACACAAGGAGGGACCGGCAGGUCACUGAAACCCUCUCAAGAUGCUCUUUUGGCUCAGCGCUGGGCUCUUCUUCUUUGCUCUCUUGAAUGUCCAUGGGGAAAAGAAACACAAGUUGUAUUAAUAAAAAGGUUAAAUGAUCUAUUUUAGGUAAUGACACAAGAAAGAUGUGGAUUGUUUCUUCCCUGGAUAGGGAGACAGAUGAACAAAAUAAGAGGUGCUGUAAAUCCUCCUUGAAACGUUUCCCAGCCAGCACUCAAUGUAGACAAAGCCAACCAAGUCACCUAAUGGGGCAAGAGAGUAAACUAUGGGACCCAUUUAUUUCUCAGCUCCAUGAAUCUGUAAAGAAACUCUUCCAUCUUGUUACAUGUGGUGACUAAUGCCUUUUUACCUCAUGUGAAUGUGCCUUCCUGUUUGUAACCCAGAAGGACCUUUCUGUUCUGUUCCAGACGGACCUCCAUCCUUCCUCUUUGCUUAUACUCCCCAACCCUCUGCCUUCAGGGACCUGGGAGGGAGAGAUAUAUCUGGGGAGGCAGCCAAAUGAAUUGAUGUUAAGACUUGUGUUCUGAGUGGGGCUGGAGCACAAACAAGGGGAACAAAGUGGGCUGAAGGAGGGGGUAGGGAAAGUGGGAGGAAAAGUUCUUGGGGAGUUCUCUGGCUAAACAGGUGAAACCAAGACUAGUUGUGAAAAACAAAGGGGCAGGAUAGGAGUCAAAAUCUGGGACACAAAUCUGAAGCAGGAGUUAGAAGCAGACUAGAAAGGGUUGGGAGUGAGGUGAGAUGGGGUCUGGGUGAUUUUGACAAUGGAGCUGAGCUAUCCAGAGUCUUCCUUCAGUGGCCACUGGAUGCACAGGGAAUGGUGGCCCGCCUGGCUUAAUGGUAGAAGGGCAGAAAGGACACUAGACAAUAAUACCUUGUCUACGGUAGAGUCGGCUCACCUCCCUGUUAAGUUGAGAAACCCAGUUCCAGAGAAACAGUGUGAAUAAGAAGGCUAGACUAGGAUUCAUGCUCCCACAGUGUUGGGACACAUCCCCUAGCCCCUAUGAGAGCUGUGAGAGUGGUGACAGCUAGCUGGAUUGUCUGAGAAGGGCUAUGCCACCUUCAUCUCUGGUCAGAUCCAGAGCAGGCCACACGAGGCACGGCAGGGCAAGGCCCGACACUUUCUUCUGCAUAGAUUUUUAAAAUUUAUCCUAAAUGAAUGCACCUCCCUAAUUUUUUCUCCUUACGUGUAACGUAGGUGUGUUUGUUUAAACAAGACUCUUGAUUCCAUGAGGAAUUUUCCAACUCAAAAUACCUCAGACGAAAAGAAACGUACAGGCUCCGGUAACCAAAUUGGGCAAAGCAGGAAGUCGCUGCUCUCAGAGAGAACCUGACGCAGGUUCAGCUACAGCGAGCAACAGCCACACCAGGGACUCAAACGCGAUGAAAGGUUCUUCAGUAUUCUUGUCUUCCGUUCAUUGUCUGAAACAACCUUCUCCACGGGGCUACAGCUAUUGUAGCUAGUGGCUCCAGGGAGCUCAUCUUUCCGUCUUUACCACCAGAGCAGAAGGGAAUCUCUUUCUCUCCCCCAGUUAGGAAACGUCCCCUGGAAGGAAUUAGAUUAGACUGGCUGGGUUUUAUGCGUAACCCUGUGAAAAUGGUAUUGGGACUGACUGGGGUUGACAUGUCCUUGUACUACCACAGUAUUCAUGUGUGUGUGUGUGUGUGUGUGUGUGUGUGUGUGUGUGUGUGUUUGUGGUACACAUUGGUUGGUUGGUUGUGGGGAAGAGAGUUUAUGAGGAAGCAGUUUCGAAAGGGGAUCGGAAUGCCAUGACCACACUCAGGGCAUUUGGGACCAGCCAAGGACACAGAUACCCCCUACACGUGUUCUUCUCUCCCGUUCCACUUACCUAUCCACGUUCAGAGCCACAACUCCAGAGUGGGCCAGGUUCUCAGGAAGGUGGAUCUACUGAUGCUUUUCGUUUCCUUCUUUGCACAUUUUUGGUAUUUUCUAAAUGUUCUACAUUUAGAUACAUAAAUUUGUAUCACCUUUGUAAUUUAUGUUACAAAAAUGAGAGUGGGUAAGUUCUCCUUAGUGGAGGCAGAAAUAUUAAGAACUCAUAGAAAAAUCCAAUAUUCUUCCAGCAAAGGAAUGUCUUUUGAAACUCAGUUGCAAAGCUGCAUGAAUAUAUUUAGGUGUAUGUGACCAGGACCACUUUUUGUAGAAAAGAAGAAAGGGUUCUGCGGGAGGGUUGGUAAGAAGCCCUCAAAGCCUUGCCAGGGUGGAAUGUAUAGUUUUUCUUCUGCGUGCCUUCCUGUAUCCUGGGCUGAACGUGGACACACUUUGCCAUUUCUCUUCAGGGACUAUGGGAGAAUCAGGGCAGUUUUUGAAACUCUGCCUUUACCUUAUGGAUCAUGUCACCAUUUUAGGACAGGAGCAGAACGUAUUAAAGCAGUUGUCAAGGUCUUGAGACGCUGAAUGUGAACAAGUCAGAAUUAGAAAGGUUUUCUCUCUCCCUAACGCAUAAUGUCUAAUCACUUGGGUUCUUUUCAUUUUUAUUUUUUUACUGUAAGGAUCUUUAAAUAUUAAAGAAUAUUUUGAAUAAAGAGCAAAAAUAUCCUCCAUUUAAAAUUCUCUCCCUUGUUUACUUCUGUAGUUGCCACAAUUUCUCCAGUUAAUACAUACACUUUUUAUAGAGUUAAAAAAAAGUAGUGAGAAUAAAGUCCAGUUAAAAUCCACCCCCCCCCCCCAGAGAAAAUCAUUCUUAAUUCCCCCAGCCUAGCAU